AGAUGGCUUCAAAAAAUAAAAAUUAUAAAUUUCAAUUGUUGGCUGGAUCUAAUUUAAGUUUUGACAAAAAUGAAAAUAAAAUAAAACAAAAGAGAAGAAAAUUAAUUGAAAAAGGAAAUGAGGAUGGGGAACUAAUGGAAGAAGAUGAGAAAUUGAAACAGUUUGAAAAGAUUCGUCAAAUUCGUAAAAAGCACAGAAUAUUUACUUGGGGGACAAACAUUCCAGAUCCAAUUGAAAAUUUUUCUGAUUUUCAAUUGCCAGACAAAUUAUCUGAAAAUUUAAAAGAAUUUUCUGUCCCAACGCCUGUACAGAUGCAAGGAAUUCCUAUUGGAUUACAACACAGAGAUUUACUUGUUACUGCUCCAACUGGUUCUGGAAAAACAUUGGCUUUUGCGAUACCUAUAAUUUUACGAAUUUUGGAACAAAAACAACAAAACACUUCCAAAAAUUCUAAUAAAAUACUUUCUGCCAUAAUUUUGGAGCCAACAAAAAUUUUGGCAAUUCAGACAUUCCAAAAUUUUGUUAAAUUUUGUUCUGGAUUGGAUAUUAAUUGUUUUUAUUUAAAUUCAAAAAUUGCUACUAAAAUUGAAAAAAAAUUGGAAAAAUGUGCAAUUAAUAUACUCGUUUGCACUCCAAAUCGUUUAAUCUAUUUAUUGGAAAAAUUAGAAAAAGAAAAAUCUUCAAAUUUUUUGUCAAAUCUUGAAUGGUUAAUUGUUGAUGAAUGUGAUAGAAUAUUUGAAGGAACUGAGGGAGAAAAUUGUUUUAAAUUACAAGUAAAUAUUUAAAUUUUUUUUGAAAAUUAAUUUUAGCUCGAUAAAAUCCUCAAUUUUUGUUGUGGACCAAAUGUCCGUCACGGAUUUUUCUCGGCAACAUUUUCUUGUCAAGUAGAGAAUUGGUGUAGAGAAAAAUUAAAAGAAAUGUUGAUGGUCUGUAUUGGGCCAAGAAAUAGUGCAAAUGAAUUGGUUAAACAAGAAUUGGUAUUUGCUGGUUGGGAACAGGCAAAAGUUCAAAUAAUUAGAGAUAUUUUGAGAAAAAAUUUUGAGCCCCCAGCUUUGAUAUUU